AUGUGUUGCGAACUAAGACACUUGCCAGUCCAGAUUCAAGCUUUGUUACGAGUCGACGAUGCCAGGAAUUCUGCCUUUGACAAGGCCCUGCAUGGAGACUCGAGCAAAGGACAGGGUGGGCUACGUGCCAUGAUGAGCAAAGACAAGACUGCACGAGCUGCAGCAGUUGAUGAAUACUUUCAGCACUGGGACAACAAGACGGCUGAAGACGAGACCUCUGCAGUUCGACAGUCUAGAACAGACGAUUAUGCCAGCAUCACAAGACAGUACUACAACCUCGCGACCGACUUUUAUGAAUACGCUUGGGGCGGAUCCUUUCACUUUUGUCGAUUCACAUAUGGCGAGCCAUUCAAGCAGGCUAUUGCUCGACACGAACACUUCAUUGCGACGCAAAUUGGAAUCAAGCGUGGAAUGAAGGUUCUUGACAUGGGCUGCGGUGUUGGCGGCCCGGCUAGACAGAUCUCUAGCUUUACUGGCUGUCAUGUCACCGGCAUCAACAUCAACCAGUACCAAGUCGACCGAGCUACCAUGUAUGCCCAGAGGCACGAAAUGGCCGAUAACUUGGAAUUUGUGCAAGGCGACUUCAUGAGCCUCCCGUUCCUGGACAACUCGUUUGAUGCAGUGUACUCCAUCGAAGCCACGUGCCACGCUCCAUCUCUCGCGGACGUAUACACUGAGAUCUUCCGAGUAUUGAAGCCUGGUGGUGUCUUUGGUGUGUACGAAUGGCUCAUGACGGAUGUCUACGACAAUGACAACAUGGAGCACCGCAAGCUUCGGCUGGACAUUGAGCAGGGUGACGGCAUUGCGCACCUCUUCAAGAUUUCCGACGGCAAAAAGGCCAUGGAGGCGGCAGGGUUCGAGCUGCAGAUCAGCCGAGACCUGGCAGAAGACGUCAACAGCGCUUCACCACCCUGGUAUUGGCCGCUUGGAAGCGACUUGCGCUACGCUACAACGAUCUGGGAUGCCUUGACCGUGAUGCGCAUGAACCGCUGGGGCCGUGUUGUGGCGCAUAGCAUUUUUGGACUUUUGGAGACGCUUCGCAUCGCGCCGCCGGGAACCAGGAAGACGGCCGAUAGCUUGGGUCAAGCGGCCGACGCGCUGGUGAAGGGCGGCAGGGAGAAGCUAUUCACACCAAUGUACCUGAUGGUUGGUCGCAAAGCAGCGGUGAGUGCCAGCGGAGAGUAA